GAAACCGACAUAAAGCAUUCGCAGAACAACACGCAUUCUUCAUUUCCCCUGCUGGAUACAUGGCGGCAUCCCACCGUGUCCUUGGACAUCCCGACGUAUUCCCGCUCAUCGCCGAGUUCCAGCAAGGUCUGUAUAUGGACAUCUUGGAGUACUGGCGGAAGGUCAACCAAGAUGGCGGUGGAGGGUUCUGGGCGUCGUUAGAUCUGCCGCUGCAUGCCAUUGACCGUCGACUGCUCGGCUCUCCCACCCAAGCCCGGUAUCAACUGCUCGUUCUCGUGGCCGCGAAUCAAAUGCACCUCGUGCGCAGACUACUCCGUUGUCGACCACAUUAUCUCACCCAGCCAGAUGCCCCGGCCGUCAUGGAUGUCGCUGCUGCAUUCGGUCGGAUCGAUCUUGUCCGAUUAUUCCACACGUUGUCCUUCGCUCCGUCACUAUGCUCCACGAAAGCAUUGGACCUGGCGGCGAAAUACGGAUACAUGGACGUGGUCCGCUUCUUGCACCAUCAUCGGCAAGAAGGGUGCACGGAAGCGGCGAUGGUUGGCGCGGCCACACAUGGACAUCUCGAGGUUGUGCGAUUUCUCCACGACCAUCGAGCUGAAGGCUGCACGGCGGACGCGAUGGACUACGCGUCAACCAACGGCCACUUGGACGUUGUUGCGUUCCUUGUGGCGUGUCGACACGAAGGAUGCAGCACAUGGGCCAUGGACACGGCGGCGGGCGCGGGACGGAUGGACGUCGUGCGUUUUUUGCAUUUCCACGUCAAAAGCGCAUGCACCAUCAACGCCAUGAAUGCGUCGGCGGCGAAUGGACAUUUGGAAAUCGUGAAAUUUCUCCAUCACCACCGCACCGAAGGAUGUACACAACGAGCCAUGGACAUGGCGGCCAAGAACGGCCAUCUCCCAGUCGUCCAAUUCCUCCAUGAACACCGACGCGAAGGGUGUACGGAAUUCGCCUUGCAUAGCGCGGCGCAAAAUGGACAUUUGGGCACGGUGAAAUUUCUAGCGCGUCAUCGCAAUGAAGGCAACGUUGUGAAAGCGAUGGGCGUGGCCAAAUUGCACGGACAUGUGCAAUGUGUAGCGGUGCUCCAGUGCGCAGCGUAGUUUUGAGUUAUAUGUUGUACUACUUGUCGAAUGAAGAGGUGUAAGUUUUACGGUGAGAAUACUCGCA